AUGUGGCGAACUCUGACAGUUCUUUUGCUGCCUCCUGCUUUUGCAGCAGGCAGGGGGCUUUGGGCGAAGGUGCCCCCUUCUUGCGUGGAAUUUUGGGACCAGCUGCGGAGGGCGGAGUUAGACAUCGACAAAUUGACAAUUGAAGAUGGAAUCUCUGCAAGCAGCGCCCGACACGUGCAGAAGUUUUUGACCACUGUUCCGUUUGAUGGUGCAACUUUUUGCGUGGAAGCUGCCAUUUCGGCAGCUACCUCGUCAGAUGCAGUAUUGAUGUCUCACGUCGCGGAAAGCAUUGCCAAGCUCCCUCAUUGUUUCCGUGAGAUGACGUUCAAGUCAGAGGCUGAGACCCGGUGUCCCCAAAGAUGGUACAAAGUCGCAAUUCACGUUUUGAAGGUGAACGGCCUACAGGAUGCUGCUGAGUCCAUGUGGCGUCGCGCCAAAAGCAUCAAGGAUAAAGACGGCAAAGCUUUGAUUGGCUGGCCAAGUCCAUCGCAAUCGCCGACCGUUUGGGUUUCGGGCUUAUCAACCCGACCGUAUUGGAACUGCUCUUCUUGGGCGUUCAUACAGGCAUUGGAGGCCGCAGCACCCAUGAUUUUGAAGGAAAUUGAGCGCAAAGACUCCGAGUUCUUGACGGCCUAUCCGUACUUGCAGACUGCAGGGGUUUGGGAAGACUUGUUCCUGUACAGAGGUCAUCAGUGGAACACCACGCUCUGCGAGUCCAUGCCAAGCACUUGUCGCCUUCUGCUUCCGGAGCUUCCGACACGCCCCGGGGUCCCGUACGCCACCGUUUACAAUGAAGAAGUCGUGAUCUUCCGAUCCAAGCGUGGAGCUUCGGUGGGUGCGCACUGCGGAUCCUCCAAUGGUGUGAUAAACCUGCACUUGACCUUGAAGGGAGGCCGUGGAACAUCCGUCUCCGUAGACGGCUUACAGGUUGACUUGCGCGAUGGCGAAGUGAUAUGUUUUCAAGACAGCUACUUCCAUUCUGUGAAUCACGGCCUGGAUGGGGAGGAGGAGCGCAUCUCUCUUGUCAUCCGAGUUAUGCACCCAGACAUGGAUCUAAAGUUGCUCGGCUCCCGGACGGACUCCGUGCCAGAUCUCCAAGCCUGGGACAAAAGCGCCAGCCUGCUGAGGGAGGUUGAACGCCUCAGAGCAGAGUAUCGAAAGCUUGCAGCCGCUGCAGCCUGGGAGCAAGACUCUUCGUGUUCCGUUUGA